AUGAUCCUGCUCACAGUAGUAUUCAUCCUCGCGACGGUCGUCAGCUUCCUCGCAAUGCUUGCGACUGCCUGUGCCGUCGUCGUGCCGAACAACAAGAUUGUCAUCGUGGCAAACGCCCUUCUGGCAGGUACGGCCGGGGCGCUCGUUACCGGCGGCUUCAUUGGCAGCUACAUUAUUACGAUCGUUGCCUCUAAUAGACUCAACAGGAUGUUUGAGGAUUUUAAGAUUGCCUCGCAAUUGGGGCCCCAGUUUCUGGGCCUUGGCAUCGCCGCGACCCUGUUAUCGCUUGGGGCAGCCGGAAUCUGGGGCAUUGUGUUCGUCGUCCAGUUCCGGGGAACCCUACUUGUUCUCUUCAAAACAGUGUUCGCCAGAUCCCGACCGACCGCCGAUACCAAGGUCUAUUGA